AUGGCCCCGCCCGCGAAACGCCGCAGGCGGAACCCCGUCGAGCCAUCCGGCGACGAAGAUGAGCAGCCUCGAGCCAACACCCUCUCCAACUUCCUCGUGUCCUCGCCGAGCUCUUCCUCCAAAGCCCAAGCCCCAAGUGCGCCUGCAAGCCCUCUCAAGGGCAAAGGCCCUGCAGGCCGAUCCGGCACCGGCUCGUCUCCUCGAAAGACGCGACAGGGAAGCCUGCAGACGAACGGCGGCAGCCCCGGCCCCAAGAAGCCCAAAGACGUCGGGCAGACCGAAGAAAGGGGCAAGACGGCUGAUCUCAAGGCACUCUUUUCGAAACAAGCCCAGCGAGCCAAAAGGCCGGCAGGUGGCGGCGAAAAGCGAGCCUCCGCCGCCGAUGACCCCAUCAGCGAUCCAAUAUCCGAAGACGACGAAAUAUCAGAACUCAAGGCCAGCUCAUCGAGUCUGGUAGGCCAACACGCCCGCAAGAGGCUGAGAAGCGCGGGUGCAACGGGCCCGGGCGAGUCGUCGGGUGCUGGCUCGAUCUUUCUCAAACCGCCCCGGCCUGCAUGCCCGGUCGGUGUGGACGACGGCCUGCGGCCAUGGUCGGAGCGAUUCGGGCCGAGGAAUCUAGACGAGCUAGCGGUUCACAAGAAGAAGGUCGCAGACGUCCGGCGGUGGCUAGAGGACGUCAUGUCGGGGCGCAUGCGGCAGCGCAUCUUGAUCCUCAAAGGCGCAGCGGGCUCGGGCAAGACGACCACCGUACGGCUCUUGGCGGCCGACAUGGGCUGCGAGCUCCUGGAGUGGAAGAACCCCGGCGCGACGCCGGGCACCGGGCUCGCCUCUGCGUCGGCGUCUGCCCAGUUCGGGGAAUUCCUCGGCCGUGGCGGCACGUUCGGGGCCCUGGACGUGGACGAGCCGGCCGGCACGACCGUGAAGAAGCCAAACGGGCUAGCUCAGAGUCGAGCGAGGCAAAUCAUUCUCGUGGAGGAGUUCCCAAACACAUUCUCGAGGUCCUCGUCGGCGCUGACCUCUUUCCGCGGCACGAUACUCCGGUACCUGGCUUCGCACACGCCUGGCGCGGCAAGUUUCGGCAAGGCUUCCCAGCAGAGGGACCAGACUACUCCGGUUGUUCUGGUCAUCUCGGAGACGUUGUUGACAACAACGUCGGCAUCCGCAGACAGCCUUACCGCCCAUCGCUUGCUGGGACCAGAGAUCCUCGGUCACCCCGGCGCCGGCGUGAUAGAAUUCAACGUAGUUGCGCCCUCAAUCCUAGCAAAAGCACUGGAGCUCGUCGUCUUGAAGGAGGCGAGGAAAUCCGGGCGCAGAAGAACUCCAGGUCCCCAGGUGCUCAAGAGGCUCGGGGAGAUUGGAGACAUCCGCAACGCCAUCUCCUCCCUCGAGUUCCUGUGCCUUAAAGGCGACCACGACGCAGACUGGGGAGCCAAGGUCGCCUUUACCAAGACCAAGAAGAGCGCCAGGGACUCGAUCGCUCUGACAAAAGGGGAGUCGGAAAGCCUGGAGCUGAUAUCGCGGCGCGAAGCGAGCCUGGGCAUAUUCCACGCCGUCGGCAAAGUCGUCUACAACAAGAGGGAGGAGAGGGCGCCGUCAGACGACGCCGUCGAGGACCUCGCCCCGUUCCUGUCGCAGCACGCCCGCCCAAAGAGGUCGCAAGUGUCUGUCGAUGCGCUCAUCGACGAGACGGGUACGGACACGCACACAUUCAUAUCGGCGCUUCACGAGAACUACAUUCUGUCGUGCGAAAGCACAGACCCCAUGGAUCUGUCAACGCCGGUGGAUUACGUCAACGGCUGUAUCGGAUAUCUGUCCGAGAGCGAUCUCCUCUGCCCUUCCCGAGACGUCUUCUUCGGAGGCAGGGGCGGCUUCGGCGGUCGGGAGCUGGGCAGCCAACUGCUUCGUCAGGACGAAAUGACGUUUCAAGUUGCGGUCAGGGGCAUGCUCUUCUCCCUACCGAACCCGGUCAAGCGCAAGACGGGCACAGUGUCCAAGGGCGGCGACGCGUUCAAAAUGUUCUACCCGACGAGCUUGAAGCUCUGGAGGGCCAGGGAGGAAAUCGAAGGCCUCGUCGACCUGUGGUCGUCAAAGGUGCUCAGGGGCGAGGCGGGACCGGGCACCAAGGAUCUGACAGACGGUGCAAACGCGUUUCUGAGGCCCCCGGCCGGUGCCGAGUCGUCUUCUUGGAUGCAGCGCCAACGGCAGGCUCGUCGUGGUGCGCUGGCAAAGACGGCCGAGCAGGAGGAGGAAUCCCCGGCCCCGCCCCCCCUGCUGUCACUGGGCAGCGCGGCUCGGCGAGAAAUGCUGCUCGACCGGCUGCCUUAUAUGGCUCACGUGGCACGUGUCCGGAGAACAGGUGUGCGGCUACGGGACCUGGACAGGGUCGUGUCCUUUCAUGGCGUCACAGCUGCCGAUGAUGAGGGGGAGUUCGAGGCAGAGGAUGACGGAGCGCCAGGCGAAGCCUGGGCCACCGACAAGCCUUCGGAAGAGCCAAGCCCUCGCAAGAAAAGCGCGGGCAUCCAAGCCGGCGCCAUGUCCGGCAUGCUGGCCCAGAAGCUAGUACUGAGCGAUGAUGACAUUGAGGACUGA